AUGAGAAAGACUUUGGCCUUCAUCUGCUCGUCGCUCGGCUUAGGAUUGCUUUCCAUCGCCCAACAGACUGGCGAGACGUCGCAGCAAUUGCUACAACAGCCUGGGGUACAUUUUAUAUGUCCUCUACCAAAAUGCAGAUGUCCUUCCGAAACGGAGUUGUCGGCUCCUGGAAUCGGAACAGCGUCCAUCAAAUAUAACAAUGGCACAAUUAUACCUAUAGCCAAGAUCAAUGGCCUACCUCAAUACAUUACUUUGAUGAAGGUUUUCGCGACAGGUCCUGUGCAACGAAUAUCGAGUGGGAUAGAGCCACCUUUCCGGGGCGACGAAAGCGACAUGAAUGAGCAUUAUAAAAUUUUGGGUCUCUGGGCGUGGUACCACGUCAAACGUCAUGUUAACAAAUUCUUUUUUCGCCCAGCAUCACCCGAUGUUAGGAUCUUAGCAGAAAUGAUAUCGAAAUUGCGCGUGGAAGUCGAGACUCAUCUAGGAGUAAAGAUGAGAGGUGCAUCAUUAUCUUCACCAGUUGGAGUUCACCUUAACGACUGGGAAAUCAAAGACGUUUUCGACUUUCUCGGAAUGGAGGACUUGAUAAAGGACAAACACAACCCGGUGUUCUUCUCCAGGCUCGUGUCAAUGUCUGCAGCAAUGGCCGGUUAUGGUCGAGGGCUUUGUGUGACCUAUACCGACCCAUAUCAAUGUCGUACAGAAGAAAGUAGACUUCCAAGUUAUCGAGUGCUUCACCUGGACUACAAUAAACAGGCCCUUAGCGGAACGUUCAAUCGAGUCAGCGACGUCCGAAACACUCUCUUUGAUAAUUACUUUGCGGACCUAGAACUAGGCAGUGAACAAUUGCAUCAGAACCCGGCGGAAGAAGGGGAAGAAGGGGAAGACUUAGAUACUCUAUCUCGUCUUAGAAGAUUUUUCGGGUAUCUAGAAGUCGAUCAAAACCGGGAGAAAUGGAAGGAUCACUUAUUCACUCUAACUAUGCGUAUUCAACAGUUCCUCGGAUCCCAAAAAGUCGACACUUUGCUAAUGACCGGCGAAAGCGCAACCGAACCGCGCUUUAUACAAGCUGUUAAGAACGCUUUAUCAGACCGUGCUUCACUGCAAGUAAUGUCCCAGCUAGAGGAGAUAAAUUCAGAGACGUCGGAGCGGUCACUCUACGCUACAUCGAUGGGUGCGGCUGAGUUUGCUAAGCGUAGACAGGAGGGGAUGGGCUGGUGUCGGUUGCCAGAUAACUGUCCUAAACGAACAAUUGGAAAGUCUUGGAAGAGAAAUGGAGAAUAUUGA